UCCUGUGCAGGCUGCUUGCCUGAGUUACAUCCACAAAUGCCUCGGAAGCAGCAGGCUGACUGCGUCUUUCUCUUCACAUUCCUGGGUCUGUCUGGGCUGGUUGGUGCAGUUACCAGAACAUACCACAUUGGGAUUGUGGAAGAAUACUGGAACUAUGUGCCCCAAGGAAAGAACGUUAUUACUGGGGAAAGUUUUUCAGAAGACAAACUUGCAACCUUAUUUCUCGAAAGAGGGCCCAACAGGAUAGGUAGUCUUUACAAAAAGGCUGUCUAUAGACAUUACACAGAUGAGACCUAUUCCACGGAGAUCCCGAAACCUCCCUGGCUUGGAUUCCUGGGCCCUAUCUUGAGGGCUGAAGUGGGUGAUGUGAUUGUCAUUCAUUUAAAGAACUUUGCUUCCCGACCAUACUCUUUGCAUCCACACGGCGUUUUCUACAACAAAGAUUCAGAAGGAGCUCUAUACCCAGAUGGAACAUCUGGAAGGAAUAAGGAUGAUGAUAUGGUUCCUCCUGGCAAAAACUACACCUAUGUCUGGCCAGUGAGAGAAGAAUAUGCCCCUGCUCCAGCGGAUGCAAACUGCCUGACCUGGGUGUACCAUUCGCACAUCGACGCUCCUAAGGACAUCUGCUCUGGGUUAAUUGGCCCACUGCUAGUGUGCAAGGAAGGUGUCCUGAAUAAAUAUUCAGGAACAAGGACAGAUGUGGACCGAGAGUUCAUUAUAAUGUUUACUCUGGUGGAUGAGAACCAAAGCUGGUACCUUGAUGAAAAUAUCAGACAUUUCUGCACGGACCCCGAUUCAGUUGACAAAAAAGAUGCUGUUUUCCAAAGAAGUAACAAAAUGCAUGCCCUCAAUGGAUACCUCUUUGGAAACUUCCCGGAGCCUGAUAUGUGUGUUGGUGAAUCGGUGUCCUGGCACCUAUUCGGGAUGGGGAAUGAGAUCGACAUCCAUUCCAUCUAUUUUUAUGGUAACACCUUCGUCAGCAGAGGGCAUCGGACUGAUGUCGUCAACCUGUUCCCAGCCACUUUCCUGACAACGGAAAUGAUAGUCGAGAAUCCUGGGAAGUGGAUGAUAACCUGCCAAGUUAGUGAUCACCUGCAAGCUGGCAUGCUGGGGCAGUACAAUGUUGGUAACUGCAAAGGUGGUAUCUCUCAUCCCAGGAUGACGGGUCAACAGAGGCGCUACUUUAUAGCAGCUGAAAAAAUUCUUUGGGAUUAUGCUCCUCAAGGCUAUAACAAAUUCAGUGGUCUUCCCCUAAAUGCCUCCGGCAGUGACUCCGAGCUCUACUUCACACAAGGGGACAACAGAAUUGGAGGAAAAUAUUGGAAGGCUCAGUAUAUGGAGUAUGUUGAUGCAACUUUUACUCGAAGAAAGAGACUCUCUGAGGCAGAAGCCCAUCUUGGAAUUCUUGGCCCCGUCAUCAGGGCUGAGGUGGGUGAUACCCUGUUAGUGACCUUUGCCAACAAAGCCGACAAAGUCUACAGUAUUUUGCCUCAUGGCGUCAUCUAUGACAAGGCCUCUGAUGCAGCCCCAAAUGUAGAUGGAUUUCUGAAACCAGGGGCACAUGUUAAGCCGGGUGAAACCUUCACAUACAAAUGGACGGUGCCUGAAAGUGUAAGCCCGACAGCCAGUGAUCCCCCCUGUCUGACCUACCUUUACUUCUCAGCGGUUAAGCCAAUCCAGGACACCAGCUCUGGCCUUGUGGGGCCCUUGCUAGUCUGUAAAAAGGGCGUUCUCAAUGCUGAUGGGACACAGAGAGGAAUCGACAAGGAAUUUUAUCUACUAUUUACAGUCUUUGAUGAGAAUCUGAGCAGGUAUCUUGAUGAAAACAUUCAGAGGUUUACAUGGCGUCCCUUCAGUGUUGACAAAGAAGACAAAGAUUUUGUGAAGUCCAACCGAAUGCAUGCUAUUAAUGGCUAUAUGUAUGGCAACCAGCCAGGCCUAAGCAUGUGCAAAAAGGAUAGAGUUUCCUGGCAUAUGAUUGGAAUGGGCACUGACACUGAUAUGCACGGAGUUUAUUUUCAAGGGAACACCAUCCACCUACGAGGAACUCAUCGUGACACCCUGGCCCUGUUUCCCCAUACCUCCACAACGGUGUUCAUGCAGCCAGACCAUGCAGGUAUUUUCAGGGUGUUUUGCUCCACCUUGCACCACUUCGUGAGAGGCAUGAAUCAGAUAUAUGAGGUCAACAGCUGUGGCAACAAGGACCCUUCUGAGCAGCCGUACGGGAUGAUAAGAACCUUUUACAUCGCCGCUGAAGAGGUAGAAUGGGAUUAUGCCCCUAACAAAAACUGGGAGUUCGAAAAGCAGCACGUGGACGCAGGAGGGGAAAGACAUGGAGAUAUAUUUAUGAACCACACUGAAAACUGGAUUGGCUCUCAGUACAAGAAAGUGGUUUACAGAGAAUACACCGAUGGGGAAUUUGUGGAGAUCAAGGCCCGGCCGCCACGAGAGAAGCAUUUGGAACUGCUGGGCCCAAUGGUUCAUGCCGAGGUGGGUGACUCCAUCCUGGUCAUAUUUAAGAACAAAGCUAAGCGGCCCUACUCCAUCUCAGCCCAUGGUAUUGAAGACAUGGAUAGUGGGAAGCAACUCCAAGUGCCCAUCACAAAGCCAGGAGAAAUAAAAACUUACAGGUGGAAUGUCCCUAAAAGGUCUGGUCCAGGACCAAAUGACCCAAAUUGUAUUCCGUGGGUUUACUAUUCAACAGCAAACUUUGUGAAGGAUACGUAUAGCGGUUUGAUGGGUCCUCUGAUUAUUUGCAGAGAAGGGGUAUUGAAUGAAAAGGGAAGAAGAAGCGAUGUUGAUUAUGAAUUUGCUCUCCUGUUUUUGGUAUUUAAUGAGAAUGAAUCCUGGUAUCUGGAUGACAAUAUUAAGAAGUAUCUCAAUAAAGAUCCACGAGAUUUUAAGCACACUGACGAUUUUGAAGAGAGCAACAAAAUGCAUGCUAUCAAUGGAAAGAUUUUUGGGAAUCUCCAUGGUCUUAUCAUGAAUGAAGAUACAAUGACAAACUGGUAUCUGUUGGGACUAGGAAAUGAAGUGGACAUACAUACCAUCCAUUAUCAUGCUGAGAGCUUUCUUUUCAAAAUAGAUAAAUCUUACCGAGAAGAUGUGUAUGAUCUCUUUCCUGGGACAUUCCAAACCAUUGAGCUGUUUGCAGAUCACCCAGGGACAUGGCUGUUACACUGUCAUGUGUCUGACCACAUCCACGCUGGCAUGGAAACAACUUACACGGUCCUUCGGAACAUAGACAACAGGAUCCCUUACUCCACCAAGUCUCCGUCUGGAGCAGCGUCCACAGUGCCCCCCAACGAAGAACCUGGCAAGGAGCAGCUCUAUUUCUUUGGCAAGAAUCUGGGUCCUAGGGGAGCCAAAGCAGCCUUGGUCAUCCUCUUCAUCAUCGGCCUCCUCCUCCUGGCCUCCACAGUGGUUCUCUCCCUCAGUCUGCACUCUGCAAGGAAGCGGGUUGUGUACCAGGAAGUCCAGUCCUGCGCACUCCCCACGGAUGCUCUGUGACCCAGCUGGCCUUCCUCAGCAGGGAAACUGGACAAGAUAUCGUUCAUCGAGAAAGGUUUACAUUAUUCCUGGAUCAGGCUCUGAUCGUCCGGAACACAAAGCAAUUUGCUUUUACUUAUUUAUUUUUUAAUGGGCUGUGAAUAAUCCUCAGGUAUGAAAAACAGAAAGGAGAAUACGUGUGACCGAGAAAACACACUCGGCCUGUUCUCUGAAUGAAUUUGCUGAAGUGGGGAAACCCUCUGAAAGGGAUCUUUAUUUUCCAUUUCUCAUAAUUCUUAGAUUAGACAGUGCUUCCUCAGCGAACCAUCCCAAGUUUCCAGAAGGACGACCUUGGGAAAAGAGUUAUAAGUCCUCAGACAUCUAACGGGAGUAGCACUGAUUUUUCAACACUGUUAUGUAAGACGCUUCUCUUAGUCGUCCCAGGGAAAAUAACUUUCUGAGGAGUUCACGAAAAUGUCUAACUCAGUAUCUGCUGAUAGAAUUUGAUCAGAUGAAGUUUUGGGGAGGCUUUUUGCCAGCUCUCCUGGCCUUUUCCACUUGAAUAUAAACAGCCUGUGCAGUUUGCCACAGAAGGCAAAGGUAUCAGCAUUUUAAAAGCAUAAUUGCUGCUGUUUUUAUGCAAACCUAUAGAGAUACUUUAAUGUUUACACCUCACUUACAUGUUUUUACAAUGUUUCCAUUGCAACUUUUUUUUUUUUUUUCCAAAAAUCAUCUGGAGAAUUUGUACUUAUAGUUGAGAAUGUGGAGGGCUGGCAGCUGUAAAAUCACAGGCUAGGUUCUCCUGUGAUGAGACAGAGACUCCCUAAAAGGUGAGUGAGAGAUUCUACGAGGGAGGGAAACUUUGCAGAAGGCGAGUCUUGACUUGAGCUCUGAGUCUGAUUUUUCACUCACCUAGCAGGAUCUUCCCAUGUCUGCAUCUUCUAGGAAAUAAAAACAGCCUCAUCAUGUGAAAAACACCAGAAAGAAUUCAUCAGUGCAGCUGACUGGUUGCGAGAAGAGAUCUUAAAACAUUCUUGAUUCCGUGCCUCUUAAAGACAUAGCCCUUUGUGGGAGGAGAAAACAAAAGAAAGAAAAGAAAAGGCUAGAAAAAGAGAAUACCAGUGGGAAGUUUUUAAUCAGUAAAUCAGCUUUGAAGAUGUGCAUUAAAGUUUUCAGAAAGGCUCAAAUGUACAAUUAAAAUAUCAGCAGCUAAAGUCAACCCAUUACAAGGCAAUCCAUACUCUCUGUACGCAUGCCUAAACAUUAGGUUAAGAUUGAUAAAAGCAACGUUGCUUAUGACUAGACUGAGACAUUGCCCUUAGCUCGAGGUGCCCUGCGAUGCCAAUGUCAAUGCCAGAUGAGUGAUAUCAGUAUAUCUGCUUUAGCAGAUCAUUUGGAUGUCCAGGUGAACGAGCAGGACC